AUGCAAACAGGCAGCUCUUAUUUCUUCACCAGACGUUCAAGCAGAGGGGUGGUGUCUUGUGAAGAUUACCAUGAGGGAGCAACGGUGGCAAUUCCAUUCAAUUGGGAGUCAGAACCUGGCACGCCUAAAGUCAAGUCUUGUGAAAUCCCCCGCCUCCCUCCUCUAACGCCCCCACCUUCCUACUUUUAUGCCACUCCCAAAAGAACAUCUGUUAAACAGCACUCAAAGCCUAAACUUCCUAAUACCAUCUUCCCUAAGCGUCUCAGGAGAAAACCUCGUGUGCAACUUUCUCCUGCUGCUUCUUCUUCAUCAUCAUCCUCGUCGGCUUCUUCAUCGCGUUCAUCGUCACCGUGGCCAAGAGCGUAUUCCGUGCCAUCAUCUCCAAUAAGUGCAUCUAACUUAUAUGCAGGUAAUGAGUUACCAAGGGGAGAACUACUCUCCGGUUCAAGGGCGGCUGACAAGGAAGACCAUGAAUACGAAUACUCCGUUUCAACUCCAUGUUUUGGUUGUGGUGGUGGAACAGGUCCUAUGUCUCGAGGUUUUUGUUCAACAAUGCUCAAGGCAUUGCUUAGGAACCGAUAA